CUCAACCUUCCUCUGUGGCUAAGGCUCUGCUACAACUAUGCGUUAUACUUACGAACCUCGUAACCCCGCGAAGGCUGUCCGUGUCCGUGGAUCUGAUAUCCGUGUUCACUACAAGAACACCUAUGAGGUGUGUCAGGCCAUCAAGGGUAUGGGCCUCAAGGCUGCUCAGACUUACCUUGAGGAUGUCAUGGAGCACAAACAGGUUGUUCCCUUCCGCAAGUUCUGUGGUGGUGUCGGCCGUACUGCCCAGGCUAAGGCCUUCAAGGCUACUCAGGGUCGCUGGCCUACCAAGUCUUGCAAGGUCGUCCUUGGUCUCCUCCGUCAGGCUGAGGCCAAUGCCGACUAUAAGGGUGUUGAUGCUGAGAGUAUGACUCUCACUCACGUCCAGGUCGACGAGGCCCAGAGGGGUCGUCGUCGUACCUACCGUGCCCAUGGUCGUAUUGGACCCUACAUGAGCUCUCCUGCCAACAUCGAGUUCAUCUUCGAGCAAGAUGAUGAGACUGUUGAGAAGCCUGCUGAGUCCACCAGGAUUGUCAAGUUCACCAAGAAGCAGUUCGCCAAGCGCCGUCUUCACAUUGGUAACUAAGCAGCCACUACCAGUCUUAUCGGGAUAAUGCACAACAAUCUACAGCAGCAGAGUUUCGGUGGUGCCUAGCCUC